AUGUGGUCCAUUCUGUUCCAAUACAGUUUAGUUGACUUUCAGGACUCACAGUCGAAAUUCCGUAUGGGAAACCAUUUGAGGGAUCCUAUAACUGGGCGGACGCAGCUGUUUGGCGAUAUCAAACUCGCGAUAAAUGUAAAAAAUGAAAAAGAAGUCCUUCAUUCGACUUUAAUUUGGGAUGAAGAUGUUCACUUGGAUCACUUGAAUGAUCUCAUUCUCAUGAACACGCGUGCUUUGGAGUCCGACUCUGGUCUUGUGUACCAGUUGGGACAACAGAAACCAUUCCACGAAGGUCGUUUUGUUGCCAUUCAGUUCAACAUACGAACAAAGUUGGAGAUAGAAAUAGCUUUCAGGGCUUCUUAUUAUACGAAGUUUUUGUUUAAUUUUUUCAAUGAACGAGCCCGAGAUUCUCAUAAGGAUCCUUCCCCUAUUAGCGCUGAACUGUGCGCGUUUUUGUGA